AUGCUUCUGAAGCUAUCAAAGAGUAUUUUGCAGUACUGGGGACUAGACUCAAACGAAUGUGAGCCGUGCUGUUGGAUGACACUCUCCGGUACAAGAGACACACAAGAAGUUUUGAAAACCUUAGACGAGCUCGACAUCGAAGUCGAUAACGCGGAUGGACCAGAACUCUACCAGCGAUUUGGCUGGGAGGACGACUUCCAUAACGACAGCUUGAGUAAAUGGCAGAAGCUGAAACCAAAAAUGUGGCGGCUAUUCGAUGAGCCGAGCUCUUCACGAGGCGCUAAGGUCAUCGCCAUUAUUUCCGUGUUCUUUCUUAUCACUGCUAUACUGGUAUUCUGCUUGAAAACACACCCUGGACUUCGAAUAUCUGAAAUCGCCGGACUAGGAAAUCUAUCUCGAGAAGCGCGAGCUGCCAAUCACUACAAGUAUCGACCGGCACCGUUAACUGUUGAUAAGAUGAAUUCAAAGGCUCAUCCUGGGUUUAUGGUGAGAUUUGAUCUCCAUUACAGUACAGACAAUAAGCGAGCAACAGAGUCAUCGUUCGGUCCGAUUCGGUCCGGAGCUUCGGCAAAGGAACUUAUGUUACUCGUCUUUUUCCUUGUACUUGGUGUUGUGGUCUUCGCCUCGUUGGUUUACUAUGCAGAACGAGUGGAGCCGAAUCCAAACAACGAAUUUCAAAGCAUACCGAUAGGACUGUGGUGGGCGGUGAUCGUCUCCAACUUCGCCAUGUUCUACUCUCACACACAGGCCCGGUCGAAAAUGCCGAAAAAGCGUAGAGGCGUGCUGUCGGUUGACCAAGUCAAGCAGCAACCACACCGAACAAACGGACCACGACGUCACGGGGGUGAAAACACACCACUUGUACAACAAGCCAAUAAUCAUAUCUCACCACCACAUACGGUCAUCUAG